AUGAAGUUGGCGCCUAGAGAAACUGAUAAACUGUUGCUCCACAGCGCUGGAGCUUUGGCACAGAAGCGUUUGGCGCGUGGGUUGAGGCUUAAUCACGCUGAAGCUGUUGCUCUUAUAGCAGUGCAGAUAUUGGAAUUGGUCCGUGAUGGGAAUAAAAGUGUGGCUGAACUUAUGGAUCUUAGGCGACAAAUUUUGGGAAGGAGACAAGUUCUUCCAUCUGUUCCUUAUCUCAUGGAUUCAGUUCAGGUUGAGGGGACCUUUCCAGACGGGACAAAGUUGAUAACAAUCCAUGAUCCUAUAUCAAGUGAAAAUGGAAAUCUGGAGCUAGCUUUACAUGGGUCUUUUCUUCCAGGAAGCAUCAAAAGUUGGAGUCAUAUGGGUCAACUUGGGCUUCUUAAGGAUUAUAAUUGGUUUACUAAGUUGAAACAGUUACAUUCUAUAUGA